AGGCGAAGGAGGCGAAGGGGGAGACGAGGAGGAGGCUGCUGCUGCCUGUGUCUCUCUGUGUCUCUCUCUGCGUCCAUCCUCCCCGGAGCCCUCUCUCUCUCCUGCAAAGAGUCCCCUCGGAGCCCACCAGGCCAGAGAUCCUCGGAGCCAGCCAUGGGAGUGGAAGGCUGCACCAAGUGCAUCAAAUACCUCCUCUUCGUCUUCAAUUUCGUCUUCUGGUUGGCUGGAGGAAUAAUUCUUGGUGUGGCAUUGUGGCUUCGUCAUGACACAAAGACAACAACUAUCUUGGGCUCAACAUUAAAUGACCAUCAGGCUCCUAACACAUAUUAUGUUGGAAUCUACAUUCUGAUUGCUGUUGGGGCAGUGAUGAUGUUUGUGGGUUUCCUGGGAUGCUAUGGUGCCAUUCAAGAGUCACAGUGCCUUCUGGGAACAUUUUUCACCUGCCUUGUAAUAUUGUUUGCUUGUGAAGUCGCUGCUGGAAUCUGGGGCUUCGUUAAUAAAGAUCAGAUUGCCAAAGAUAUCAAACAGUUCUAUGAUGAGGCAGUGAUUGAAACAAAGUCAGAUAAUGAGAACAAUUCAAAGGCAGCAAAAACAGUUGUGAAAACUUUCCAUGAAACGCUAAAAUGUUGUGGCACGGGUUCAUUUUGGGAGCAACUAUACACCCUGACAAAUCAAGAUGACCUCUGCAGUAAAGGAAGCCCAACUUCAGUAUUGACAGAUGACUUGAACUGUCAUGCAAAAAUUGAUGAGCUGUUCUCUGGAAAGCUGUACCUGAUUGGUAUUGCUGCCAUUGUGGUGGCUGUGAUCAUGAUCUUUGAAAUGAUCUUGAGCAUGGUACUGUGCUGUGGCAUCCGAAACAGCUCUGUCUACUGAGAAGUGGAAGGGCAGGGGCGAAGCAAUGGAGCCGAAGGGACCCCAGAGUGCCACUGUAAGACCAGGAGACACUUCCAACAAAACACAAAGAAAAUUAUGUAUAUAAAUAUUUCAGAUAUUACCGUACAGUACUUAUCAUUCUUACUUGGAAGUCUUCUUCUUUCUGUUUGUUUUAAGGGAGGGAACUGGGGGGGGGGGGGGGGGUUUUUCUUUUUUUUUUUUUUUUGUAUAUUUGUGGCAGAGUUAAAAAGACACAUCAGUUUGUGUGGUAGAAAAGUUAUUAAUGCCAGUGAUUCCAGGCCUUUUAUCAAAAAUAGCUUCUCUCUCUUUCUCUCCCCUCCCUUCUCCCCACCCCACUGUUCUAGUACUACCAACAUGGAAUUAAGGAGACUUUCCCCAUUGAUAGGUACUUUUAUGAAGAAUGUGUACACUUCCUGUGUUUGUAUUCCCCAGCGAUCUGGGGGAAGGGGGGUGUUGCGCCAGUUCUCAGCAUUUCCUGUUCUAACAUUCUCUAUUGUGACUUAUAAAUAAUCUUGUAUUCUUACUCUAAAUAGUUGAGCAUGUGUGGAUACAAGAAUUCUCCCUUGAAGUAAUGAAGAUAUUGCUUUUAGACCUAUUCCAUGUUGAGUAUCCCUUAUCCAAAAAAAUCCAAAAUGUUCCAAAAUACAAACCUUUCUUCAUGGGUGGCAGAGAUAGUGACACCUUUGCUUUCUGAUAGUUCAGUGUACACAAACUUUGUUUCGUGCCAAACUUAUUAAAAAAUAAUGUGUAUAAAAUUACCCUCUGUCUAUGUGUAUAAGGUGUAUAUGAAACAGAAAUCAAUUUCAUAGUUAGACUUUGGUCUCCAAGAUAUUUCAUUAUAUGUAUAUGCAAAUAUUCUGAAAUCCAAAACAAUUCUAGUCUCAAGCAUUUCGGAUAAGGGAUACUCAAACUGUAUUUCCAGUGCUCCUCCUCCAUCCAUGAUAUUUUGUAAAUGUAUAUAGACCCCAUUAACAUGAAAAAUCCUUAAUGUCUUCUGGAGUCACAACAUGGAUGUGUUAAAUCUAAAAAUCUCACAAGGUAUUAAUUUAUAAUGGAGAAAGAAUUUAAACCCUGAGCUCAUCUGUUAAUUGGGAUCCAAACUAUUUGUUUAUAUGAAUAAAAAAACCAAAACUAAAGUAGGUCUGAUAAUGGAAUGUUGAAGCUUUUUAUAUCUUACUGCUAUGUUUACAUGAUUAGUUCAGAAUGCAAGUGCUGUCUGAUGUCAUUCACUUGGUAAAUGUGUAAUACUUUAAUGAUGCCAAAAGCUAUCUGUGGAAGGAAUUCAGUAGAAUAAUGGCUGGAAACCUGUUCAUUGAAGAUGCAGUUUUUAAGGAGGCACCUGUAUUUGUGCCUUUUUAAAAAGCUAGACUAAUAAACGUGGAGAAUAGCCAAUGAGAUAUAUAUAUAUAUAUAUAUAUGAGUAGGACACUGCAAAGAGGCCUUGUUUGUUACCUAGCACCCACUAACCUCUUCCUUAAUAUAGAAUUCUCCUACCCAUUGUCAUUGGUUUUUGAAACUCAUGAUGAAAUGCCACAGGCAAACCCUACUGUCAUCCCCAUUUAGUAGCUGAAGUUUGCCUUCUAUGUUCGUUGCAAGUUGUAGUUCAUGAAGAUGUAAUUUUAAUCCUGGUUUUAAUCUGCAGCGUUGCUUCUGAAAUGGAGUAGAUUCUGUGCCCUUUAGAAUUGUGGAAGAAACAAAAAGGAUAUAAAUGUACAAUGAUUCAUAAAUAAUUUUACAACUCUAGUUGCAAUGCUUUUAAUUCACAUUCAGGAGACCAUGUAUGGAUUCUGUACCCCUUGAUGCAUUUCCUCUCUAAAUACAACAGUGGGGGAAAACUAAAGGCUCAGUACAAAUAUACUGUUAGAAUAACCUAGGCAUCUCAGAAAACUAAACAAAAGAUUGGUCAGAGUUUCAGGAUCUCCACCAUCACACCCCACAAACCUUUUUUGUCCUUAUGGCUUGGCUAAAAUGGACUCCACUAUCUAGAAUCCCCUUUAAAAGUUACCCUAAUCAAACUCUUAAGAAACAGUAUCCCAAGAAUUUGGGGGAGGGGGGAGCACCUCUUUUAGCCUUAGAAAUAGCCUUAAAGCAACACUGCCCUGAAUGUCAAGCUUUGCAUGCACUGGAAACAAAAAAUGAUUCUUCCAACCUACCCCACCCUUCAAAGGUUUUGAGGGUCAUAUGUUCCAGUAUAAUAUACUUUGUGUACAGUUUUUAGGUAAUCAACUAUGCAUGUACAUUUAGUUACACACACAUACACACUUGCAUUGUGGCUACCAGUGUGCAGGAUGGAUAUGUGUAACUCACUGCCUUUUGUCAAGUCUCCCAGAGAAAUGUAUAUAAAUGUACCACUAAACAUUUUUUUUCUAAUAGUGUAUGUUUGAUAUUGUUUAGCAUGCAGGUGUUGAUUUGUAAACAGCCAGUGCUUUGUUCUGAAGCUUCACAAGUCUCUCUUCUAAAUGUAAUAUCAGCAUAUUCUUGGGACAGAGAACACACUUUCUUGUAGACUGAAGGCUGUAGUUCACUAGUGAGGCUUAUACCGCAUUGAUGAGGAAGAUGAACUCCAUUAAACUUUUUCUGGAGUUUUCUGUGUGCAUGGCACCAGCUGCAUCCUACAUAUAAAUGUGUAUAGCAAUGUCAUAUCGCUUUUGUUUUGUAUUGAUUUUUGAAAAUGGAAAGCUUCUUCUGGAUGGUGUGGUUUUCAACUAGGGGCUUAACAAGGUUGGGUACACAUCUGGAACUUCAGUGAAGAAAGCAGUGUGUAGACUGUGCUACUCCUCCGACUCCAACUCUCUGGAGGCUGCUUUUUAUUAAUCUUUUUAAUUUUACAUACUUACAAAUAUUGAUAUAAGUAUAAUGUGUGUUCCUGAGAGGUAAGCAAGAUACCAGAAAAUGGAUAAUAAAAGUGCUUCUGUGCAAGUGACUUUUAAGUUGCAGUUUUUGCCUUCUGCAGAGAGACAAAUGGGUUGGAAAUAAAGCUCUUAAAGCUAGGAAUAGUCCCGUAAUUGCAUCUUUUUGUGCUCCAGAAAAGGUGAGAGAAGGUAAUACAUAGAAGCUAUUAAACUGUAAAAUUGUUUCUGGGCAGUAUUACUUUGAACUUUAGUUGAUGAACUAAAAACAGAUCCCUGACCUGUUAGGGUUUUUGUUUUUUUUUAAUGCAGGAUUUCUUAGGGUUGUUUUUUUUUUAGCAGAGCUCAUGUUUACUGUCUAUAAAGUGUUAACAGUCCAUGAUCUGUGGUUGGUGCAUUCAUGUAAGCUGGUCUUAGGUCUUCUUUCAGUGCCAGUAAUGACACGAACUGUUGCCAUUUUCCUUUGAGUGUUUGCAAAGAACUAGCAAGAGGGAGGUACAGAUGGCUUCAGAACUCCAAGAUAGGUUGAUAAGUUUUUU